AUGGCAGCGGGUGGUAUGGACUUAAAAUGGGUGCGGCGGCGCGUCACGGAAGCGCUUCUCGUGAGCGGCGCGAUCGUGGCGUGCCUCGUGAAUCACCAUGUCCCCCAGCCGUACAUGGACGAGAUAUUCCACGUGCCUCAGACGCAGCAGUACUGCCGAGGGGACCUGCUGACGUGGCACCCGCUCAUCACCACGCUGCCUGGCCUCUAUUACCUAGCCCUUGUAUUCGUGGGCAUGCAAUACGCUCUCCUGCAACUCCUAGGCAUCGCCAAAAUCGCUCUCCAUCUGGCGUCCACGUCAGAUGCCACGUCAGACGCCACCCUGUCAGGUGCCACGUCAGCAGCAGGCGUGUCAUUCGCGUCCCUGUGCUCCCCCGUGACGCUGCGGUCUCUCAACCUCCUCCUCCUCGUCCUCUCCUUCCCUCUCUUCUACUCCACGGCCCGUUCUGCUGCCCGUGCUUCUGCUGCUUCUGCUUCUGAUACCGCUGCUGAGAUAUCAGCUGCAGCUCGUUUAAAGAAGGUGAACAAGCCCCAGUCCCGAGCACGUGGUGUCGCUGCCUUGCUGCACAGAUACGAAACCCGACAUGACACCAGAGACGAAUCGCGGGACGACACCAGAGAUGAAACGAGAGACGAAACCGGGAACGACGUGCAAGCUGAUGCCAAAAGCCGCCCGCGCGUGCACGACGAGGUCGACGAGGACUGCACGUGGAGGGCGGCGAUGUUUGUCCUGUUCCCUCUGCACUGGUUCUUCGGAUUCCUAUACUACACGGACGUGGCGUCGUCUGUCGCAGUGCUGGCUAUGAUGCGAUGUGUGUACAAGAGGCAACACUACCGUGCUGCACUGCUAGCAGCAGGCAGCAUCAUCAUCCGCCAGACCAACGCGGUGUGGGCCGUUCUCGCCCUAUGCCUCUCCACCUCGCACUUCCUAGGCAUGCUGGUUCUCUUAACCCCCCAAGGGACUCCACCAAAGCUGACAACUGAUUAUAACAUACUCAAGGGGAGUCCUAAAGACAAGGCAGAAAAAGACGAGAACAGCAGGAGCAGAGCUGAUGACCAUGGGGGGGUCUUACGCAACGGCGUUGUCACCGAUUCAACAGAGAGAAGCUUCCGGGAUCCUUCCUGGGCGACGGAGGCGGUUGCGAGAGGGGAGGACAUCCCCAAGGCGCUGCUGCUGCUGCUGCACCGAGCGUGGGCCGUGCGGGGAAAAUUUCUCAGAAACUUCUUCCCGCUGCUGGCAGUGUUGGCGGCGUUUUUUGUCUUCGUGCGUGUCAAUGGGGGAAUCGUCGUCGGAGCACGCACAGAGCACCGCCUCUCCCCCCAUCUCAUGCAGCCACUCUACUUUGCAGCCUUCUCCGCCCUCUCCCUCUCCCCCCUCCUCCUCGCCCCUUCCUCCCUCCUCCCCCUCCUCUCAUCCUCCUCUCGCUCUCUGCGAUCGGCCCCCGGUCACUGCCUCUUCCUCUCUCUCCUCGUCUCCGCCCUCCUAUUUCUCACCAUAAAAAACUUCAGCCUCGCCCACCCCUACUUACUAGCGGACAACCGUCACUACCCCUUCUACAUCUGGCGCCGGCUCAUCAAUCCGCCCCACAGCCCAUCACAGCGCUUCCUGCUGCUGCCAGUCUACGCCCUCUCCCUGCUCGCCCUCACCCAUGCUCUACGCCGUGCCAUGACCCCUCUCGGCCUCUUCUUUUUCUCAGCCGCUACAGCAGCAGUUCUCGUCCCCUCCCCACUCCUCGAAUUCCGCUACUUCAUCCCUCCCUUCCUGCUCCUGCUGCUGCACCUCCCCCUGCCUCACAACCGCCUGGAAAAGAGGGUUGCAAGUGCUCUGGUUGUCACUGCCUUUGCUGCUGUAGAUAUUGCCACUAUGGCACUCUUUUUGUUCCGGCCGUUCAAGUGGGAGGGGCACGAGGGCUUGCAACGGUUCUUAUGGUAA